UAUGAUACUAGGGACUAAAGGAGACUUGCAAAGGCGAAUACCAAAACAUUGAUCCAACCAAUGAACUAUGUCUGCAAUAUCUUACAAUGUUUAAGAAGCUUGUAAGUGGUAUAAAUGAUCAGCAUAUACUAGAGCCUCUUUGUGGAUUAGACAAAUUAUUUGGCGAAGGAAGAUCUUUUGAAGAGGAAUUCAUCUUUCUAAAACAUGAUGAUGAUUUCAUUUGUCAAAAAAGUCGUGUUGCCACACACAAGCUCUCCCAUUAUUGGGCAAAUGACCCUAGAGUUCAAAAGGUUCUCCAAAUUAGAAAGGGAACAAUGAGAGAACUAUGGGUGAGAUGUAGGCGAACACUUUUGAAUGUAACUUACAUAUUGACUUUCAGCAAUAGUAUACCUUACCAUAUUAACCUUAGUUCUAAAGGUUAUCGAUCACUUAUAUACAGUGGCGAUCACGACAUGGUUGUUCCUUUCCAAUCAACACAAGCAUGGAUAAAAUAUUUAAAUUAUUCUAUUAUUGAUGAUUGGCGUCCAUGGACUGUUGAUGGUCAGGUUGCAGGUUAUACAAGAUCUUAUUCUAAUUAUAUGACAUUUGCAACUGUGAAGGGAGGAGGGCACACAGCUCCUGAGUACAAACGUGAAGAGUGUUUUCAUAUGUUUAAAAGAUGGAUAACUCAACAACCUUUGUAAACAUGUAACCCCAUCGAAGAUUAAUUUAUUAAAUAGCCAUUAUUAAGCA